AUAUCGUGCUGUGAUUUUGAAGCACUUGAGACAUCAUCGUCUUAUCCACUCUCCUCAGCCCAUCUUUCCUCCACAACAAGCAUGCCGGUAGUCACAUCUGGGAAAGUCCUAGUCACUGGAGCAAACGGCUUCGUUGCUGCCUGGGUGGUCAAAGAUCUGCUUGACCAUGGUUACUCGGUUCGCGGGACAGUGCGCUCUGAGGGCAAGGCCCCUUACCUCCGUGAGUUCUUUAAGAGUCACGGAGAUAAGUUUGAGGUCGUGAUAGUGGAAGAUAUAACCAAGGAAGGCGCUUUCGACGCUGCUGUCUCUGGUGUCGACGCGAUCCUUCAUAUCGCCUCGCCUGUGACGCUAGCGGUCGUCGACCCCGACGAGGUCAUCCAACCUGCUGUUCGCGGGACGACCUCUGUCCUGUCCGCGGCACUCCGCCCUGAGAAUCGUGCGACCAUCAAACGCGUCGUCAUCAUGUCUUCUUCCGCGGCCGUGUAUGUCCCUCCCGACCCAGGGCACACGAACUUCACCCGAGUUCUAGAUGAGCGCGACUGGAACACGUUCUCGUUGAAGGAGGUCGAGGAGAAGGGCAAAGACGCAAAUGGGCUCGACAAGUACCGGGCGAGCAAGACGCUGGCGGAACGCAAGGCGUGGGAGAUCUACGAAGCGGAGAAGACGAAGGGAUUGGAGUGGGACCUGGUGACACUACAAUCCCCAUUUAUCUUCGGGCCCAUAGUCCACGAGGCUCCUUCUUUGGACAAGUUCGGGGGAUCACCCAGGAUCUGGUAUGAUAAUGUCGUCGGGGGCAAGGCGAACGAGGACACGUUGACAAAGCUUGGAUUCGACUUCGUCGACGUACGGGACCUUGCGCGGGCGCAUGUUCUAAGUCUCACGGUCCCUGAGGCCGCGGGACAGCGAUUCAUCAUCCGGGCCAGCGAGUUCGUGUACCAACAGUUUGUCGAUGCGGCUCGGAAAUUCUCAGACAAAGUCCCCGUGGGAUAUCCGUCGUAUAACCUGGCGGAUGCGACGUUUUACGCGCGAUACUCCAACGAGAAGAGUAAGAAAGUGCUUGGUCUGCAGUACCGUAGUUUGGAGGAGACGACAAAGGACACUAUUGUUGACUUCGAGAGUCGAGGAUGGCUGUAG